AUGUCGAAAUUCUCCGACGAUAUUGAAAAGGACGUUCUUAGUCCUAAUUUGUCCGAUGAGGACCUCAGACAAACUGAAGUACACGACCUGAAUUGGUUGGAUCGGUUAUUCCAAGAAAAAUUAAAUGCCGAAGUCCGUGGUAUUGAGCAUAUUCCAGAGGAAGAGCGUCACGAUGUGUCGUAUCUGAAUGCUGGUUCCAUGUGGUUGGGUGCCAACUUGGUUGUGGCCACUUUCAGUUUGGGUACUCUGGGUAUCACUACUUUUGGCUGUUCUUUCUGGGACUCUGUGUUAACAAUCAUCUUCUUCAAUAUUUUGGGAGCUUUACCGGUUGCUUAUUACUCCACUUUUGGACCCAAGCUUGGUCUUCGUCAAAUGGUUAUGUCUAGAUUCUGGUUCGGUUAUCAAGGUAUCAGAGUUGUUGCUUUCUUGAACUGUAUUGCUUGUAUUGGUUGGACCGCUGUCAAUACUAUGGUUUCUGCUCAAAUACUUCAUACCGUCAAUAAUGGCUCUUUACCUCCAUGGGGUGGUGUCUUGGUUAUUACCCUGGCAAGUUUAUUAGUAGCCGUUUUCGGUUACAAGAUCGUCCACGCUUUUGAAAAAUUUGCUUGGAUUCCCAAUUUUAUCAUUUUUAUUAUUAUUGCCGUUCGUAUGUCGAAGACCCAUUCAUUCGAUGCUGGUACUCUUGGAAGUGGCCCUAAUGAGGCUGCUGCUGUGUUGUCAUUCGGUGGUACUAUUUUCGGUUAUGCUACUGGUUGGUCUUCAUAUGCCGCUGAUUAUACCUGUUAUAUGCCUAAGUCCACCUCAAGAAUUAAAGUCUUCUUUUUGAUUCUUUUCGGACUUAGUUUCCCAUUAUUGUUUGCUAUGAUUCUGGGAGCCGCUUGUGCCACUGGUAUCAACACCAACCCUCGAUUUGCUUCAAACUACAAUGAUAACCAAAUUGGUGGACUCCUCUAUGCAAUUAUGGUUGAAAACUCACUUCACGGUUUUGGUCAAUUCUGUCAGGUUAUUUUAGCCUUGUCUACCAUUUCCAACAACAUUCCAAAUCUAUACUCGUUGGGUCUUUCGGCUCAAACCGUAUGGUCUGGUUUCCGCAAAGUUCCUAGAAUUGCUUGGUCAAUCCUUGGUUGUGGUGUUUCUGUGGCUCUUGCUAUCCCUGCUUAUUACCAUUUUGCCGAUGUUAUGUCCGACUUUAUGGACCUCAUUGGUUACUGGUUGGCCUUCUACAGUGCUAUCUGCUUAUCUGAACAUUUGAUCUAUCGUAAAUCAAUUAACAACUACGAUCCUUUGGAGUAUGAGAACAAGAAAACUCUUCCUAUUGGAAUUGCUGCUAUUUUUGCCAUGUGCUGUGGUGUCGCUGGUGCUGUUGUCGGAAUGUCCCAAGUCUGGUACGUGGGACCUAUCGCAAUUAAGAUCGGUGACACUGGCUUCGGUGGUGAUAUCGGUUUUGAACUUGCAUUUGCAUUUGCUUUUAUUGGUUUCAAUUCCACAAGAUGGCUUGAGCUCAAAUAUUUCGGGCGUUAA